AUGGUGAUGCAGAAAACGGGGAAGCAGCAGCAUCAUCAACAGGAGCAGCAACGCCAGCAUCAGCAACAGCAGCAGCAGCAGCAGCAGGGGCAGCCGCGAGUUCAGACGGAUCCCCCCAGUGUGCCGGUGAAGGACCUUUUCCCUGAUGGGCUCUUCCCUCAAGGGGAGAUCUGCGACUACAAGGACGACAACCUGGGGCGCAAGACAAGUGCGGAGAAGCGGGAGCAGGAGCGGCUGGAGUUCCCGAUCCUCAACGACCUUCGGCAGGCCGCCGAAGUGCACCGGCAGGUGCGCAAGUACAUGAGGAGGGUGAUAAAGCCGGGCAUGCUGAUGACGGACCUGUGUGAGACACUGGAGGACACGGUGAGGCGCCUCAUCGCUGCCAACGGGCUGCAGGCGGGCAUCGCUUUCCCCACCGGCUGCUCUCUUAACUGCCCUCCCUCUGUCGCUGCCCCUCCCUCUGUCGCUGCCCCUGCCUCUGUCGCUGCCCCUGCCUCUGUCGCUGCCCCUCCCUCUGUCGCUGCCCCUCCCUCUGUCGCUGCCCCUCCCUCUGUCGCUGCCCCUCCCUCUGUCGCUGCCCCUGCCCCUGCCUCUGUCGCUGCCCCUCCCUCUGUCGCUGCCCCUCCCUCUGUCGCUGCCCCUGCCUCUGUCGCUGCCCCUCCCUCUGUCGCUGCCCCUGCCUCUGUCGCUGCCCCUCCCUCUGUCGCUGCCCCUCCCUCUGUCGCUGCCCCUGCCUCUGUCGCUGCCCCUCCCUCUGUCGCUGCCCCUCCCUCUGUCGCUGCCCCUGCCUCUGUCGCUGCCCCUCCCUCUGUCGCUGCCCCUCCCUCUGUCGCUGCCCCUGCCUCUGUCGCUGCCCCUCCCUCUGUCGCUGCCCCUCCCUCUGUCGCUGCCCCUGCCUCUGUCGCUGCCCCUCCCUCUGUCGCUGCCCCUCCCUCUGUCGCUGCCCCUGCCUCUGUCGCUGCCCCUCCCUCUGUCGCUGCCCCUCCCUCUGUCGCUGCCCCUGCCUCUGUCGCUGCCCCUCCCUCUGUCGCUGCCCCUCCCUCUGUCGCUGCCCCUCCCUCUGUCGCUGCCCCUCCCUCUGUCGCUGCCCCUGCCUCUGUCGCUGCCCCUCCCUCUGUCGCUGCCCCUCCCUCUGUCGCUGCCCCUGCCUCUGUCGCUGCCCCUCCCUCUGUCGCUGCCCCUCCCUCUGUCGCUGCCCCUGCCUCUGUCGCUGCCCCUCCCUCUGUCGCUGCCCCUCCCUCUGUCGCUGCCCCUCCCUCUGUCGCUGCCCCUCCCUCUGUCGCUGCCCCUCCCUCUGUCGCUGCCCCUCCCUCUGUCGCUGCCCCUCCUUGUGCCUCUGCCUUUGCCUCUGCGUCUCCUUUUUCUUCUCCCUCUCUCUCUGCGUCGCUGCUCCCUUGGGUGGCAGCCCACUGGACGCCCAAUGCAGGCGACAAGACAGUACUGCAGUAUGAUGACGUCAUGAAGCUCGACUUUGGCACGCACAUCAAUGGCCGCAUAGUGGAUUGUGCAUUCACAGUGGCGUUCAACCCGCAGUACGAUCAGCUGCUGGCAGCGGUCAAAGAUGCCACCAACACGGGCGUGCGCGAGUGCGGCAUCGACGUGCGCCUGUGCGACGUGGGAUGUGCCAUUCAGGAAGUCAUGGAGUCAUACGAAGUCACCAUCAACGGGAAAACAUUCCCUGGUGAGAUGAUCCGUUGGGUGCUUCUUAUGUCGUGUGUAGCGUGGCUUUUGGAGGGACCCAUUGGUAGGCUGUGCGACAUGGGGUGUGCCAUCCAGGAGGUCAUGGAGUCAUAUGAAGUCACCAUCAACAGCAAGACCUUCCCUGUGAAAGCAAUCCGCAAUUUGAACGGGCACAGCAUUGGCCCCUACCAGAUCCACGCGGGGAAGAGCGUGCCGAUCGUGAAGGGUGGCGAGGCGACGCGCAUGGAGGAGGGGGAGCUGUUUGCCAUCGAGACGUUCGGGUCCACCGGCAAGGGCUAUGUGCGCGAGGACCUUGAAUGCUCGCACUACAUGAAGAACUUUGACGUGGGACACGUCCCUCUCAGGCUGCCACGUGCCAAGCAGCUAUUGGCCACAAUAGAUCGCAACUUUGGCACGUUGGCGUUCUGCCGGCGUUAUCUGGACCGUCUGGGCGAGACCAAGUACCUCAUGGCGCUCAAGAACCUCUGUGACGCCGGAGUGGUGCAGCCGCACCCACCGCUGUGUGAGACCAAGGGCAGCUACGUGGCUCAGUUUGAGCACACACUCAUCCUGCGCCCCACGUGCAAGGAGGUGCUCUCACGGGGAGAUGAUGACUUUUAG